AUGAUUAUUGCAAUUUAUGGCCUGGCUUUGGUAAACUGCCUUGUUGCUUUGGAGGGCGCGGUUGCAAACAGCUUCAUCCCCCAGUCGGAAGUCACCCAACAACCAAGGCACCUCGGCUCCUCAGCUCAUGCCCCGCAACCAAGUGCCCAAGACUUUGACAUCGAAAGACCAACUGGAAAUUUUGAUUUUGGCGCCGGCUCGCCUACCCCGCCAGGAAGCGGGUUAUUGCUCACAACAGAUUACACUAAUAGUAGCACUCUCCUGCAUCACAACUUUCGGGCACCUGCCGAUGGGCUUUCCAGAAGACAAGAUACCACGGCCAAACUUUUCACGCAGAAUAUUAAUAAUCCUCCGCCCAUUGUAAGCGCGGUAAACAACACAAACAAUCGAGCUCCUCCGCCCAACAGGAAUGCAACACGCCCUCCCACGAUCAACAAUAAUGGUAUAGGCACGAUCAAUAAUAACAAUAUUGUCAAGUCUUUUACGGAUACGGUCCAAAUCAGUGGCGAUCUUAUCCGAACACAGUCAGCUUGGAACGAUGGAUUGAGGAUUGAUACAUUUUCUGCCACACCGCAUGUCUUGUCGAUCAAGAAAAAGAUGAACCCAGCUUCGGCGAAGUUUGUUACUGCUGCAGAUCCCUCCCGGGGCUUUCUAGGAGGAGAAUGGAGAGAGUUGACCAAUUUUUCGUACAUGGUAUCUUUUGAGGGCGAAUUUCCGGAUGACCUCUCAUUCAGGAUCUCGGCACCUUAUGAUAAGCUCCAGCCUCCGAUGAACGUCGCCGUUGAUGACGAGGUUUACCUUGGCCUCUAUGAUCCGAAUCGCAGUGGUUGGGUAGUGGAUACUGAAAGAAUGGAAAAUCGUCGGAGAGACAAGCGAGUGGAUUUGAUCGGGAUCCCUGCCCCCUCUGGAGAGUAUAGGCUAUUGGCACGUUCGAGUCGUGAUCCAGCAUCAUCCAUGGCCCUGUCUUUCGGAAACGGAACCGAUGGUUUGUUUAAAGUCUUGGCACCGGGUGGCUUGUCAGCUGCCCCUCCUUUGCAAGUGGGCACCUGGCAAGACGGCAGCAGGAUAAUCAUUCGAAGUCUGCAGGCGAUGCAAAUCAGAAUGGAAACUAGUAGUAUCGCUACAGGUUUUAUUCCAUUAGGCUAUGAGGCGGCUACCCGUUAUGGAUUGUUGAUAACCACCACCUCUCCUGCAGGUCAAGUAAUCAUGAACUUGCAACUUGCGUAUGUCCCCACUCAGCUCGAAGCAAAAGGCUUCUUUCCAAAUGACCUCGUGAUGGCUGGAAGACCCCUGAGAGCAAAUCAGCAAUAUCAGAUUCUAUCGGCCACAACUAUUAGCGGGAACGGUGCGCUGAUGAAUAUUCCGAUGAAUAUUGUCGAAGGGGAGUAUCUGUUACUGGUAAGGUCUAACUAG